AUGGCUUCCAACCCUUGUUCUGCAUGUAAAGUCUUGAAAUCUGUGUGUACUGGUGAAUGCAUUUUUGCGCCAUAUUUUCCAUCAACGGAACCUGAAAAAUUUGACCGUGUGCAUAGAAUUUUUGGAGCCGAAAACGUUUACAAAAUACUAAAUAAUGAGACUUUUUCACCUUUACAACGUGAACAUGCUGUUAAGGCUCUCAACUAUGAAGCUGAAGCACGCAUUCAUGAUCCUGUAACCGGGUGUUAUGGUAUGUAUUUGGCUUAUGAAAAAAUUCUCAACAAUUUGAAAGAGCAAAUUGUCUCAGCAAAGAAUGAGAUCGUGGUCACCAAAAGAUCCGAUAAAGUACCGCAAUAUUCUGAUACUCCUAUGCCUGAAGAUUUCCUCAUGACACAAAACCAUGAAGAUUUCCUCAUGACACAAAACCAACAGAUGGGUGAUAAUCAUGGAGCUGAUGAGGUAUCAACAUCUGCAACGCCACCUGCAUCUUUAGGAGGAACCAAUGAUACUCAACAGACACCUUAA